GUAAGGAAAUAUCAAUAGCAGCAGACACUUCAUUCUGAAACACAAAAUACAAACAAACCAUUGAUUAAACUGACUACCAACUACCCACCACUCAGCAGUGUAAGGAAAUAUCAAUAUCAAGGAAAUAUCAGCAGACACAGACUACUUAGGGAUACUACAUAUGCAGCAGAACUGAAGAGUAACACACCGAGAUACGUAGUAUCCCAAAGUAGUCUGACACCGAGUAAGAGUGGAGAAAAUUAUGAAGGUGAAUUGUUAUUAAAUGAAGAGUAGUAUGUUGUGGAGAAACAAGUGAACAAGUGAGCAUGGAGCUACCUAUAUUGGAGACUAAGAACAGCCAUAUUAUGUUAUUGGAUUUGUUGCCAGAUUCAACUACUAUUACUACAAAGAAGACAAACGCCAUCGCUGACAAGAGUGACAUAGACAAAAGUGGCAUAAACAAAUAUAAUAAUAUAGACGAAAAAUGUAAAAUUAAAAGUGAAAAUGAAUGUUACAUAGACAUAAUUGCCAUAAAUGGAAGCUAUUCAGACAAACAUGAUAUUGAGGAGAGUAUUGUCAACAGAAGUCAUAUUGGAAAGAGUGGUAUAUACAAAAGUGCCAGAGGAAAAAGUGGCAUAGACAAAAAUUUUAUAAGUAAAAGUGCCAUAGACAAAAAUGUUGUUAGUAAAAGUGGUAUAGACAAAAACGUUAUAAGGGAAAGUGUCAUAGACAAAAAUGUUGUAAGUAUAAGUGGUAUAGACAAAAAUGUUAUGAGUAAAAGUGGCAUAGACAAAAAUGUUAUAGAAGAAAGUUGUAUAGACAAAAGUGGCAUACAGAAGAAAUUCCACUGUGAUAUAUGCGGGAAAGCCUUCAAGCGGAGCACAUACGUGACAAUACAUAAGCGGAUACACACAGGCGACAGACCAUACGAGUGUGACAUCUGUGAGGAGCGUUUCCGGCAUUCGAGUCAUCUGACCACACACAAGAGAUCACAUACGGGUGCCAAGCCAUACUUCUGUAGAAUAUGCCCAAAAAAGUUCUCACACAGCAGCAGUUUACUCAUGCAUACUAAAACACACACAGAUCUCAGGCCGUUUUCCUGUGAGGUAUGCGAGAAAAAGUUCUUUAGACGUACUGACCUCAAGACCCAUCUCCGAAUACACAGUGGAGAGAAACCGUACACCUGUGAUAUAUGCGAGAAAAACUUUAGGCAUGUGAGUCAUUUGAUAAAACAUAAGAGAACUCACAAAGGAACUUAUAUAUUGGGUGUGUGAAUGUGUUAGUAAAAAUAGAGGAAACCAAGUAAAUAAAUGAUAUAAUAUGCGCUA